GGAUUUUGGAACACUAACGGAGUGUAUUCCCUGGUGUGCAGCUCAGCAAGUUUGGAUCUUAGAAUCAUGAGUGGGUGCCCCUUCGCAAGAAACAAUUACCUAUUCAAUUUUAACAACCUAUCUUUGGAAGAUGAAAAAGAUGACAAAUCACAAGAAGGGGUAAAUAAAGCCAGUAAAGGUGGACUUGUCUAUGGAGACUACCUACAACUGAACAAAAUACUGAAUGCUCAAGAACUUCAGAGUGAGAAGAGAGGGAACAAAAUCCAUGAUGAGCAUCUUUUCAUUGUGACACACCAAGCUUAUGAACUUUGGUUUAAACAGAUUCUGUGGGAAAUGGACUCUGUGCGAGAGAUCUUCCAAAAUGGCCACGUAAGAGAUGAGAGGAACAUGCUGAAGGUUAUCACUCGAAUGAACAGAAUUUCAAUGAUUAUGAAAUUACUCGUGGAACAGUUCUCAAUUCUGGAAACUAUGACUGCACUGGACUUCUUUGAUUUCAGAUACUACCUAAGCCCAGCCUCAGGGUUUCAGAGCCUGCAGUUUCGCUUGCUGGAGAACAAAAUUGGUGUUCCACAAAGUCUGCGAGUCCCCUAUAACAGAAGGCAUUAUCGUGACAACUUCAAGGGAGAGGACUAUGAGCUACUUCUUAAAUCAGAGCAAGAACCAACACUACUGCAACUUGUAGAGGCAUGGCUGGAAAGAACUCCAGGACUUGAAGCAGAAGGAUUUGAUUUCUGGGGACAAUUUGAAGUGAAUGUUUUAAAAGGCCUAGAAGAGGAAUUUGCUCUGGUGCAGGCCAAACCAGAAUCAGAAGAAAAAGAUGACUUACUAUCUGAAUUCCAAAAACAGAAAGACGUAUUACUUUCAUUAUUUGAUGAAAAACGCCAUGAGCACCUGCUUAGUAAAGGAGAAAGACGACUUUCUUACAAAGCACUGAAGGGAGCCUUAAUGAUCUACUUCUACAGGGAGGAGCCACGUUUUCAAGUUCCCUUUCAGCUCCUCACCUCCCUCAUGGAUAUCGAUGUGCUCAUGACUAAAUGGAGAUACAACCACGUCUGUAUGGUGCACAGGAUGAUUGGCAGCAAGGCUGGCACUGGAGGCUCAUCAGGCUACCAAUAUUUGCGCUCAACAGUGAGUGACAGAUACAAGGUAUUUGUGGAUUUGUUCAAUCUUUCAACGUUUCUAGUGCCAAGACACUGGAUACCAAAGAUGAACCCAAACAUUCAUAAAUUCCUUUACACUGCAAAAUACUGUGACAGCUCCUAUUUUAGCAGUGAUGACUCUGACUAGCCUACUUUUCUAGACUGGUUGCUGUAAAGAACUUCAGGACUUUCACCUUGAGUGGCACUAUCCCCCCAAUAAAACAGCUGUUCUCAUGGAGUGGGGGUGUGUAAAUAUAUAUUUAUGUAUGACAGAUAUGUGAAUAAUAUGAUCAGCUCAUGCAAGAAACUUAAUUGUAGAAAAAAAAAUAAUCUGUAUUGAGUUAGCCUAUUUUAAGACUAAAAUGAUACUCUAAUUCAGCUGAGUGACCCACUUAACUCUUAGUUGGCUUCUUAAAACCUACACUGUAGAUUUUAAGACUUAUGAUCAUGUCUUAUUUGUAUAUAUUUUUGUAUUUGUUUGCCUAAUGACUGUUACUAAUUUACUUCCAAUUGAGGCCAUAAUAGCCUCAUCACCUUCAGCAGAAUAUUAGUUAUUGAGCUCUAGUAGAAUUUCUAAAGGAAUUUGUUUCAAAAGCUAGAUUUUAAAAAGUCCUGAAUAUAUAGAAAUCUAAGCAUCUUGAACUUUUACAUGCAUCAAGAAUCCUGUUACUAUCUGUAUGUUCCAUGUGAAUGUAAAUUCCUGCCAUAGAAAUACUGUUAAGAGCAGCAGAUAGAAGUACUUUGCACUUCAAAUAAAGCAGUGUUAAAGUUCAUCUUUUGUUAUGUCUUCUUUUAAAGCAAGCAUAAAUUUCAAACAACACUAUCACAGGCAUUUGAAAUAUUUUUUUUAUUCAAAACACCAUUGAAAUAAAAUUUACAGACUAUAAAAGUGAGGCAGACCUGGCCAUAGCUGUAUUGAUAAAGCUGUGUUGUCUCCUUAUUAGAUGGACUCCUGUCUUUUUAAACCUUCCACUGAAAAUACAGAUAUAUUGCAGGCCUGAACUUGUGGUGAACCACUCUGUACUGUAGUGCUUUAGGUACUUAUGCCUGGUAGUACCACUUCAAAAACACUGGUGACACA